UACUAUUACUGCUUAAUAGCAGUAUUAAUUAUUAAUAUAGUAUUAAUAUACUAAAAUGACUCUACUAUAAGGAAACGUUUUAGGAAUAAACCUAGCAAAAGAAGAAGUAGUCACAGAACACUGCGUACGUGCAUACAAGCUGACUUUCCUCUUUGUAUAACGACUAUGGCAGUUACUUUACAAUUCACCCUUUUGAUUACAUAAUAAUCACACUAAACAAUGUAAAAUAACCGUCUGGAAAAAUAAAAACUGAAGAUAAACUUGGACAAACAAUGGGAUAUGAAAAACUACAAAAGUCAAAUCUCUCCCACAUGCUCUCAGAAUGGUCGUUGGAGAUAUCAGGGCUGUCUGAGUCGGGGAGUUGGUCCGUAUCAGAGUCGGAGUGAUGUCCACAUCUGGUUCUUAGUUGGAGGUUUGGGAAUGGACAUGAUGGUCAGUAGAGUGUGUCUUACCCGCACUGAUGAUGUCGUGUCCCAAGAAAUGAACCUUUUGAGUGACGAAUUGAGACUCUGUCAUGCUGACUUUGUCUUUCUUUGGCCAAGGGAAAUAAGAGUUUUACCAUGUCUAAUUCACAAGUGCUUUUAUCACGGGAGGCAAUCAGAAGGUGGUCAUCGUACUGGAGAAGGGCUGUCUCCGGGGAAAGGGUUAAGCUCUGAAGGCUUUGCCUAAGUGCUUCAUUGUAGAUGGUAGGUGAUUCAGUAUAACCUUGGCACAGACGUGUAACAGUGUAUGGUUUCCCCUCAAAACUGACUUUCUAUGUCCACAGGGUCACUAGGAAAAAGCAGAAAAGCAGGAAGCAUCUGAGGGUACCUGGGCCAUAAUGCUGUCCAUGUCGUCCAUCUACGAUGACCCACAGUGGAGCACCAGCAUGGACAAAGCAGUGUCCCGGCUGUCAGGCCCUGGGGUUAAGCUGGAGGACGCUUUGGCCUGGUUGGGUGAGAGGGCAAAGGAGGAGCACUUCUCUCUCUCUGAUAUCUGGGGGGUGUUGACCUCUGCUGGGAUAAUGAAACAGAUGAACAAGCGGCAUCUUUCGGAUGAGGCCAGCAGAAAUGCCACCAACCCUUAUCCCAUUUACAAUGCCAUAGAGAAGCACUGCUUCUCGCAUGGUCCUACAGAAGGAAAAUGGUUUGAGGUUAGUCCUCAUGAGGCCGGAUUCACAGAUUUGGGUUUCUUCAUUGAAACUUCUCUUCUGGGCAGCAAAUUCGAGAACGGAGAGCUGUUGGAAAAAAAGCCAGAGAUGGAUAUGAUCAAACUACAAGGUGUUCUAGGUAGUGCGAUGGCUCAUGAGGAUACGAUCAGAGGGCUCGUCCCUCCCUGGCUGAAUGUGUCUGGACAUGUAGAUGGUGCUGCUGAAGAUUACCUGCGUGUAUACAAUGCCCUUGAGAAACUAGUUGCCCUGACCAGAAGCACCAUUAAGGAUCCUGAAGCUCUGUCUGACCUCGACGAGCUACAGCAAAUACUAGGAGACAAGCUGAAACAUAACGAGUCUGCAUGGCUGGAGCCAGAAGGUUCAGAGCAAAGAAGAAGUGUUUUCCAGCAGAGCAGUGAGGAGCUGCUGGCGUCUGUGGCGACCUGGAGCGAGAGUCUGAAGGACGGAGCUUUCAAAACACAUGUCUCUCUGCUUACUAAGAAGGUCCUUCCCAAGAUUAUGACAUGGGAGUGGGGAACAACCAGGAAUUUCCUUUUCCAAUACCAAGAUUCAGUGGUGCCAACCUGCCUCCAAUCCCAUGAAAGAUUCCACCUGAUAGACGCUGGGCUGAUGAUAAACGCACCCUACCCUUCAUUUUUGGGAGAAAAGAGGGACAUUGACCUCAUCAUUGCACCAGAGUACAGCGCUGGAACCAUGUUUGAGACUCUGACCUUUGCCAGAGACUAUGCAGCUGAGAUGCAGAAGCCUUUCCCACAGAUAGACGACAGAAUCCUGCAGGAGAGAGAUUGGCCAAAGGACUGCUACGUGUUUGAGGGGAAGGAGAACGAGGCCUCGAUCGUUUACAUGCCACUCUUUAACAGACGAAACUGCAAAGAUGCAGAGGAGGUCAAAGCAAAGAUGGAGGAGUUCUCCACAUUCCAGGGUCCCUUCAGCCAGGAGAAGAUGGAGUUUGUGAUGGAGACGGCCAAAGCCAACAUGAAGAACAACAAGGAAACUCUGCUGGAGCAGAUCCACAAGGCUGUGCUCCACCGCCAGAGGAAGAGCUGAUGGGACACUGCUUUUAUCGUUCCAAUGAGGGGAAAUAAAAUACCAACCAAAGGCCGGUACAUAGAUGGGGAAUUAAUGUUACCAAAUGUAAAGAACUUUAAAUCAUAAUCCAGACUAAAGUUUAACAGACAAAUGCAAAAAUGGACCGCUGUCAAUAACUAAUGUGUGAGAUUUAUAAUACCACUGUGUCAUUAGAACUUGAUAUGUCUGAAUAUAAUAAAAUGUGUAUGUUCUGCUAAAUGAAUAUGUUACCGAUCUAUUUUCAUGCUGUGUGUGGCAAUAUUUUAAACUUUCUUUUUUAGCUAUAGCCCCAUGAAAAUAGAAGAAAAAUACACGAUAUAUGGUAUGUUUGCUUCUUAAAUGAAAUAAACAGGUAAUUACAUAAACAUUA